CGUCAGUGAGACUGGAGGAAAACAGCGUCUAGGUUGGUGUGGAUUCAGAAUCGGAAUCAAAAGAAAGAGACACGCCUUCUUCAUGGUAAGCAAAUCCUACUGCUCAGGUUUGGACGGGAGUACUUAAACUGACACUUACUAUAAUAGAGAUUUAACAUAUCGUGAUAUCCUUUAUAAACCGAAGAAAUGAGAGACAUUAGCUUCUGCUGAAAGAUCUUUAAACUGGACCAGCAAAAACGCCAUGCCCAACCAGAAAAACAGCAAAGGGAAGAAAAAUAAACGCACUAAUAGCAGUGGAGAUGAACAGGAAAAUGGAGCCAGUGCUGCAGCAACAGCAGCCCCGUUGGUAGCUACAACAUUAGGGGCUACAGCUGCACCUCAAAAUGAAAACAACGAAGCACCCUGUGCUACCCCUUUGAUCUGCAGUUUGGGCAGACUUAUCGACCUGGAGAAGGAUGACUAUCAGAGGGUGGUCUGCAACAGUGAGCUGUGCCCUUACGGAAACUGGAUGCACCUGCAGUGCUUCUUCGAGUGGGAGAGUAGUAUUCUGGUACAGUUUAACUGCAUUGGCCGGGCACGCAGCUGGAACGAAAAGCAGUGCCGGCAAAACAUGUGGACAAAGAAGGGGUAUGACCUUGCCUUCCGCUUCUGUUCCUGCCGCUGUGGACAGGGCCACCUUAAGAAAGACACAGACUGGUACCAGGUGAAGCGCGUGCAAGAUGACCGAAAGAAGAAGGUGCUGCCUGAGAAAAGCCUUGGCAGGCUUAGCUAUAGUGCUGAUGGAGAGUUGCCCGAGGUCCCCAAGAAAGGGAAGCAUCCGCCAGGAAACAAACCAGUGCCCAGGUCUGUGGGCCAUGACCUGCCACGAAGGCAAUCCAUAGACAGACAGAACUCGCAGGAGAAAGGUGCAACAGGCUUCUCCUGCAGCAACAACCUUGGCCUCCGUUCACCCUGUGGUUCACCUGGCCAGUCCCCGCCUUUGGGUUUCUCAUUCUUCUCUUCCCCCUCUUCUGGUGGGCCCCGCAGCUCCCGACACCUAGGCGAGUUCCUCAAGAAUGCUGUCCAUAUGGAGAGCCACCGGAAGCACAUGUCCACUAGCGCAGGGGCUGUAAGGAACGCCUAUUUUGAGCAUGCGGCCGGGCUGCAGAUGCCCCGGCUACCCUCUGGGGAUGCCCCAGUGCAGUUCCUACGGCGGCUGGACCUGUCCGAGCUCCUGGCCCACAUCCCUCGCCAUAAGAUCAACACCUACCAUGUGCGCAUGGAGGACGAUGCUCAGGUUGGCCAGGGGGAAGACCUCAGGAAGUUCAUCCUGGCAGCGCUCAGUGCCAGCCACAGGAACGUGGUCAACUGUGCCCUGUGCCACAGGACACUGCCCAUCUUCGAGCAGUUCCCACUCGUUGACGGGACUCUCUUCCUUAGCCCCUCACGGCACGAUGAGAUUGAAUAUGAUGUUCCUUGUCACUUACAAGGGAGGCUGAUGCACCUGUAUGCAGUCUGUGUAGACUGUUUAGAGGGGGUUCAUAAAAUUAUAUGUAUUAAAUGCAAAUCCCAAUGGGACGGUCGCUGGCACCAGUUGGGAACCAUGUACACUUAUGACAUACUUGCUGCCUCUCCGUGUUGUCAAGCCCGUCUCAACUGUAAGCACUGUGGGAAGCCUGUGAUAGACGUGCAAGUGGGGAUGCAGUAUUUUUCAGAGUACAGCAAUGUACAGCAGUGUCCCCACUGCGGGAAUUUAGACUAUCACUUUGUCAAGCCAUUCUCCUCUUACAAAGUGCUAGAGGCCUGUUGACGAACGAUUUGCUAGUGUAGUAUAUAUUUUUUUCUAGGUAAUAUGUUAUUCAUAUAUUAAUUUUCUUUUUCUGUAGGAUGUAUUCUUUAACAAAAAGCAUCCUAUUUUUUCAACAAAAAAGGGUAAAGGGAAAAAAGCACAAAAACAACUUAUUUUUACUUUAAUGCAAUGUUAAUUCAGCAUACAAAUCAUUAAACUCAGCAAAUAGUAACUUAAAGAAAAAGAAACAAGGAACUUCCAAAUGUGUCUGUAAAGCUGAGAUAAAAAAAAAAGUUACAAAAAACUGUGACGAGUGAAUGUAUCUAAACCAGAUUUUUCUUUUUUUGUAGAAAAGUGUAUUUUAACGCAGAUUUUGCAGUAUCAUAUGUAUGGAAUUAACAGGGUUCCAAGACAGUGGGCCUCCAUGGCUAUUUACAUGACAUGGAUGAAUGUCAGUUAAAUGUGAUUAACUUUGGUACAGUUUCAAACACAUUUCAGUUAUAAUUCAGUGCCAGUAAAUAGUCUGUGCUCACUAGCCCUUGCUUACAGAAGUAUAGCGAGUUUCAGUUUCCUGCUACAUUCCUGCACCCUGUUCUACCUUCUGUAAUAAUGUAUUUUGCAAUACCUAAUGGAAUUCGUAUGGCCCUGUUAUAUUUGAGUGAUGAGACAAAAGCUAUUUGGGAUUCCCUGAAAAGUGCAUCUAAGAAUUAGUAAUACAAUUUUGUCUUUGAUUGUGAAGUGCCUUGAGACCUUGAUGCAAAUGUGUGCUAGAUUUUAUGCCAGUCAAAUGUCCCUACUUAGGGUUUUUUUUGCCAAUAUGAAACUAUCAAGGUUGAUGAAUAUCUUAAAGACCUAAAUUUAUUUUUGUGAAAGCAUGAGACAGCAGCUGAGGUGGAAGUAAUGUAUUAAGCAACUGAAAAUAUGCAGCUGUGUAACUAUUGGUUAUACAGUCAAAGCGGUAGAUACCUACUAAAAUCAGUUGAGUUGUUGCCUGCAUUGGAACUGACAUUUAUUGAUGACAUGUGAAGAGUGCGGUAAAAAUCUGGGAAUGCCUUGUAUCAAAGUGGAGUUUUCUUCAGGGAACAGUUUCACUGAUUACUUUUAGGAUACUCCCAAAGGGAAAAAAAGUUGAAGCCAUGCUGACUUAAUUGUGGCCAUGAGGUUCAAAAUCUACAAACAGAAUUUCCACAUGCAUGCCACAUUAAAGGCAACUGACAAAGCUUUUGGUGUCCUUUGAAAACAACUGUUUGAGAUUUUGGAGAUCUUUUUUGUGGGAUGUAAAUACAGUACAGUUAGUGAUCUGUUCCCAGUUGAGCUAUGAAGUCUUGUAUCUGUUAAAAGGACACUACGCUUUGCAUGUAUGCUUAUAAAAAAGAAGAAAAAAGAAAGGUCCUUUGCAGUUUAUGAAUCUUCAUAGUAGAUGAGAAAACGUACUUACUGCUUCUGUGUUGGGAAGGUGCACUAAAUGUGAGGCUGCAGUGAAGACACCCUCUUUAAAGGGCAAUGCCAAAGAAACCAAGUACUUGAUAUUAUGUGCUUGUAAGGGUCCUUAGCCAUUGUUCUAUCGGCAAUAAAGCAUUGUAUUUUGAUCACCUUCCUUUACACAAAAGGUAAUGGAGCUUACUGCAAUAAAACCGUAUGCCACCUGCUAUGUGCUAUACUGUGAUGCAGUAUGUUCAGGUAAUAAUACCCACAGGGUUAUGGCGCCUAGUUCUCUGCAGUAGUGUAAUACUCCAUGGUGAUUAUACUGUGGUGCUAAUAGUGUAGUAUACCAUACACUUAAAAAACAUGAAUGAUUGAAUUGCAAACCCCUACAGGGCAUUUUAAAAAGGUUGCUAUGUAUAGCAUUGCCAUAUGCCAAAAUAGAAACCCUUUCAAAAACCUCUUAAAAUAAAUGUGCAAGCGACCUUUCAGUUCUUUUAAAGGUAAACAAGCAAAGUUUUGUGUCUGUGAAAUCCACUGCAUAUAGCAGUAGAAAUCAUGUGUGAUGUUCUGCGGCUGUGAAAAGACAAGUGUCUUGUUAAAUUGAGAAUUAACAUAAAGGUGGCUUUCACAUUUUAAGUUAGAUAGGUUUAACCGUUUCACUGCAUUGAUGCAGGCAGGUCCAUUGAUUGAAUUAUACUUCUAUUUUACAUUAUAACGAUUUUAGUUUCUCAAUCAGAAGCAAUAUUGGUAUUCAAGGUCUCUCUUCUCUCUUUUAUGUGACACAUGGCAGAGUGCUUCAACAACUGACAAAAGCAAUUGGGACCUGUUUAACGUUAAUUUCUAUGUCAUGUCAGGUUCCUUUAUUAUCCCUGGAGUUUGGGAUAGAGUGGGGGGAUGUCCAUCUGUAUGUAUAGAGUUUUACAGACAAAUAGAGAACUGCUUAUCCAAGUGUCAUGGAAGUGGUGUUUGAGAUCAUCAAAAUCUGUGUGUCGCUAUCUAUCCCAUGUAUAUAACAUUUUCAUUUUUGCAUUUUUAUUCUUGUAGACCACUUAUCUAAUUGUGAUUUUAACUUUAAGAACAGUUUUUUAACAUUUCUAAUUUGAGAGUGUGUCUGGUGUGUUUUGUCUUUUCACUUGUCCACUUUGUCACAUUGAAAUGUUUACAUAUAUCUUGAAUUGCUCAUUCAAUUGUGAUCAAUGAGCAAUUCUCAACAUAUAUAUGUCCCCUACAUGUAGACACAGCUCUGGUAAAAUAGGGACAUCUAGAGUAGCGAUUAGAUGUUCCAUAUCCUACAUGAUAGUUCCAAAGAUUGGAGAAGAGUAUAUCCUGGUAUGUAUUUUCUUUGUGUUCCCAGAGUCACAAUACAAUUUCUAGAAAGCUUUGGAUAAUUUCUUGGUAAAGUAUAAUUGUCCAUAUGUCAGUUUAAUUUACAUUCCUAAAUUUCUGCAUGGAUGCAGAGCUUUCCAAAUCCAGGUUUGGUUGGGGAAAAUAAUUGGUUCUUGCUAUGUUAGUGUUACACCUCAUAUUCAUUGCAGAUACCUGAUAGCCUUAACUCUGAUUGUGUGACAUUACCCAAAUCCAUUGGUGGUAACCAUGACAACCAGAAAAUUUGGAUCCAGUCCUCAAUUUGAGUGUUUCUAUUUUAAUGAAUGGCCUGCUUUUAAGUGCAGUUGAAAACUUGACCAUGUGAAACAAUCUUUUUGUUAAUGCAUUACAUGGGCAGGACUUGAGAAAGCCUUUUCAAUGGUAAGUGCCACUUUUAAAAAGAACAACAGAAUGCUGACAAGGGAUGGGUAUUUUGAAAUUGAAACAUGUUGAUUACAAUGCUGAGUUUUAUUAUGUGAUAAAUAUAUUCCUUUUGUGAAAGAGAGAAGAUUGGGUUUGGAACUGAUUAAAAAUAAUACAAUGUGUUGCAGUAUUUGGUAUCCCUUUGUACGUUAGGUAUGUGGCAGAGUUAUCUACGCUAUCCCCUUUACCUUCCCUUUUACUAUGUAUUUUAAGUCCAAGAAUAAAUGAAAGGUCUUGAGUAUCCUAUCAAUUCUCAUAACGGCAAAAGACAAACCCAAAAGUACUAAACCUGAAAAGUCCCAUUCAGUCUUUUUUAUUUAUUUAUUUUUUUUUGUCAUCUUCUUUUUAAUAAAGUUGCUGUUUUGGUACGGUCAUAAAAUAUUUAAACGGUUUGCACGUAUAUACUUGUUUUCAAGGUGGAUUCAGAUAAUUUCUUCAAAAACAACAAUAAGAAAAAAACAUACACAUUGAAAACCAGAACAUUAGUUCUUAAGUCCCUACUUAUCACUGUUUGAAAUAAAACGUUUAGGCUGUUUCAUAUAUGUGAAGAGUUGUAGCUAACAAUAAUACCUCCUAACAUACAGUAGCCCACACUUGCAAAACAGCAGUAAAAGCAAAAUUGAACAACCAGUAUUUGCAAAACGGCCAUAUGCUUUAAUACGCUUUGUCACAAAAUGUAACCAUAUGUAGUAUUUGCAAAAGAGCAGUGAGAGUUCAGUUGCAAAAUUAAACAGUACUUCCAAAUCCAGUCGGCUGAUCCUUAGCAUUUCAUUCUAAUUCCUUUUGUCGGAAUGCAUGAGCUGCAGCCUGGUGUUAUCUCCUUUGAGGCUUAUGGUCAGGUUUGUAACCACUUGUUUGUAUCUCGGCAUCUACUGAAUAUGGCGGAAUGGAUAAACACCUGGUUGCAAGUUUGGCUAAAGCGGGCCAUCUCUCUUUCUGAAGAAACCAGUAGGAGGCAUGAAAUGUUGUAGAGUGCACAGCCAGAUUAAACAAUAUCCCCAAUAGAAUCAUGAAUUUGCAUUGCUUCAGAAGAGCAAGGCCCAUCAGCAGAGAUGGAUCGUGAAGAAAUACAAGUACAUUCUUUGGAAUUCUGAAGUUGUCAAAUCGCAUUUGUAAAUUCUUAAUAAGAUUAUUAAUGAACUCUUGCAUCAUUUGCAUUGAGAUUUCAUCUGUAGCAACAGCACAGAAUGUGGGAUAAUGUAACAUCUGUCUGAAAGAUUUCAAGGCUUCUCUGAAACACACACACACUUUUUCAAACACAUCCCGACAGGGCUUUCAUGGCUUUGCAGAUGCAGGUUGAGAGAAUUCAGGUGACCAGUAAUAUCACAGAGAAAGGCAACGCCUUACUCAGAGACAGCGUCAUUCAUAUAAUCAAACAACUCUUGAGCCUUGUUGGUCUUCUCACCCCCUGCUUAACCAGCGAACGUUGUUAUACAGUAAAAGGUCAUAGUAGUCUGCUGAAACUUAAAGUGUAGAAGUGCUUGAAAAAGGCAAUGGUGUAGGCUGGCAGUUGAUUUACCAGUUUCAUCACAAAUUCCAUAGUUUUUUUUUUCAGUUAACCAGACAACAUUGCACACAGGACAGUCUGGUGAAUGAUGCAGUGCAGACUUUGUAAUGAAGGGUGUAUUGCUGUCAAACGGGAAGCAAAGCCUUUCUCUUUCCCUGUCACGGAGAGAGCUCCGUCGAUAACAAGCAGAUUUAUUUUCUGCAUGAUUUGUCAAAUGCAAAAGACAUGUAUUUAGUGUUUUUUAAAUCGUUAACCAGUGUUGACAAAGAAUCCUCUCUGAUAACUUCCACUCUUCACAUUGCUGUGGAAUCAGAUAAUGGAACUUGCUUCACACGGUUGAGGAUGUCAUCGUUGUUUUUCUCUCCGGCAAACAGCUUGUCUAGUAUUUUCAACAUGCACUCCUUGACAAGUUCGGAAUCCAUGAAAGGUUUUUUUCUUUUUAGCUGAUACCCACAUUGCACGUAGAAAUGCUGCUUUUGCUUUUUUCCUGUACCACUGCUGAUGUUGUGGGAAUUGUAUUUGAAGUCUGAUAUGGAGAUUUCAGAUUUUCAAUUUUGUCAUGCCUUGCUGCACUGCCAGGAGGAUGGGCCGCGUUGAAAUUACUGUGCAUGGUUUCAAAAUGAUCUUUCACGUUUGCAACUUUACAGACUGCUACAGUGGCUUGGCAUAAUAAGCUUGGGAAAAUCAGCUCUUUAAACUAACAGUUUUCGCUGUCCGCUUUACGGCGCUUACUCCCUCUUGCAGCCGUUUUCCUCAGCAAAUUUUGAAAAGGUGGACAGUGUUUUUGCUUGAACAUCGAAUACAGCCAAUGCUGAACAAUACGCAAGCAUAGUAUCUAAUAGGAAACACACUGUAGCCGUCUACUAAAAUCAAGAUAGACAGUGCAUGAUAGUGUAAUUCUUGCACGUUUAAACAAGACAUGGAUUUAAUAUACCUAAUUGAGUAAUUCACUUUUAAAAGGAGGACUAGUGGGCCACUAGGGUGGUCUUCACGCUCCACAUUUGGCCCACUGGCUGCCUGUGGAGUAUCACUGAUCUAAAGAAAUAUUCAGUACUUCGGGAUGCACUAACUUAAACAUUAACAAGUUCUACUAUCAAAAAUUGUAUUUAUUUACUAAGCCACACGUUAGGCCUGGAGGUGAUGAAAAUGUUGUGCUGUGAAAAUAUUUUUUUCCAUAAACUGCUUUCACAAAAAUAACAACCUCUGAUUGGUUAAACAGCAUAUAGCGCAUAUGCAUGGCUUGCAUAUUAAUGAGCUGCUUCACACUGUAUAAAUCAAUAUUAUUAUUAUUAUUUAUUUCUUAGCAGACGCCCUUAUCCAGGGCGACUUACAAUUGUUACAAGAUAGCACAUUAUUUCACAUUAUACAGAUAUCAAAUUAUUUUUACAUACAAUUACCCAUUUAUACAGUUGGCUUUUUUUUACUGGAGCAAUCUAGGUAAAGUACCCUGCUCAAGGGUACAACAGCAGUGUCCCCCACUGGGGAUUGAACCCACAACCCUCCAGUCAAGAGUCCAGAGCCCUAACCACUACUCCACACUGCUGCCCUAAUACACACAACAUCAUCAAAAUUCCAUGACAAACUGCAAUUGUAUUUUUUAGCUAUAAAACUACUGCCACAAAAUGAGUGACAUUUUACCCAUUUUCUUUAAUAUAUUUGUGGAUGAAACUCCAGAGAACUGGUACAGCACCAGUAAUCCAACUGAAAAUAGAAACUGUCAACAAUAGACACAUAAUGACAAAAAGCUAAAAAGACUACAACAUGGGCUGUUAAUGUAUUUAAAGACUGGCAUAAAAUGAAGGUCCAUAUGUUUUUCUUUAAGGACAUAUGUCCAGAAAACCCCAGCAACAUUCUAAGGUAAUUUUAUGCCAGUGCAAGUUCAACUGACGACUAGUAUUCAAGUCUCCAGUUUUUUAAAAACAGACCCCAGUUGUCCGGUGCAGAGCUUGUGAUAAUCUAAAGCAAUAUUUGUCAAAAUGCCCUUCAGAUGUAACAGCGUUUUACCUGCUCCCACUCGGAGCACCUCAGCUAAUCCUGACACUAGACCCUACUUGUACUCCCAUGAACCGAUGGGAAUACAUUUCCUCAGCGACAUGAUGCCAAAACUAAACAACAAAGCCAGUCUCUCGCAACGAUGCUUGAGAAGUACAGCGGUGCACCUACUUUCAGAAGCCAGGCUGGUAUCAAGGAAAAUAAUGUAUGUUACUGGACAUCGAUCUGCAAGCAGUUUGCUUAGCUACUGGAUUCCCAACACUGCAAAACAAAACAGCAAAGUUCAGUUUUAUCCUCAAACUCGCCUCCAAUCCGACUCCAACCUCCAUUGCAGCUGUGCCAUUUCCUUCCUUAGUUUCAAGAAACUCUGCCCAGAAAAACACUUUAACAGCUUGUACUCUGCCCUCUAUGUAUGAGAUGCUGCUUUCAAUGCAAAAAUUCACAAUAAAUGGCAAGGUGCACAUUGAUGUCUGCACUCUAUAUUAUUAUUUAUUUCUUAGCUGACGCCCUUAUCCAGGGCAACUUACAAUUGUUACAAGAUAUCAUACAGUUGGGUUUUUACUGGAGCAAUCUAGGUAAUGUGCUCAGUGAUACAGCAGCAGUGUCCUCACCGGGGAUUGAACCCAUGACCCUCCGGUCAAGAGUCCAUAGCCCUAACCACUACUCCACACUGCUGCCCCAAUUCAUUUCUUAAUUGUCUAGUUACACAUUCCCUGAUUAGCACUAAUCCUGGACGACUAAAUGUUAAUUUAGAUAAUCCAACAGCUAAUCAGGGUCUGUGAAGCCAGCCGAUUAAGAAAUUAAUUGCAUUUUAUAUACAGUACAGACGUAAUGCUGAAUGCAUAUUUUUCUCUAUUUUUGUCUGGGUUGGACCUAAAUUUGACCAGAAAUGGAAAUAAAACCAAAUAAAAAAACAACACAGGCUGCAAAAAAUGUGUUCAGUCAUCUUGGUCCUACAUAUAAUUAUUCAUCUAUGAAUUUCAAUUCUUCAGAAUCAGCAAAGAAAAUAAGCAAACACAAAGCAAACUGGACAUAUAUGAGCGGGAACAUUCCCAGCUAAGCUUACUGCAGCACUACCUGUCCCUGUCCCUGUCCCUGUCCCUGUCUCUGUUCAAAAUCAAUAGAAAAUAGUGUCACAGGGGAGGGUGAUCACACGUCAUUAUCUCAAAUGGGGACAAUUUCCAACCCAUUUAAAAUCUACCCUCCAUGCCUUAACAAUUAAUUAUUUUGGGAGCAGAGACCAGUAUUGUUGUACAUGCUGUGUAUUGUCCAUUUAAAAGCCAUAGUAUUUUUCUUCACGUUUUUAAAUUUCUGCAUCUGUUUUACAGCUAUGAACUUUAAAACUAUUUUAUUGUAUGAGAAAGGUUAAAUGCCUCUAUCUUUUUACACAAUGGCAUUGAAAAAAAAAAAUCUUAACGAGGACAGUAUUAAUUUGUGUUUAUGUAUAAUGUCUUUGGCAAUGAUUUUCUUGUUAACGGUAAUAAGUAUAGGUAGUUUUUUUCUUCUUCUAGCAAGUGUUUGGUCAGUCUGGCUUCUGAAUUUGGCUGGUAAGCCUUUUAACCAUCAACGGUGUCUCGCAUGAAUGUAUUGUUUUAUUUAAAACACAAUUAAAAUUAUAUGGGGAAUAUGUAUUUUGCCUCAAUGUGUGUCAGUGUUAAUACUGUUGUAUAACAAAUACAAUAGGAUUGAGGUCGAGGUGUACCUAUAGGUGUUGCUGGUUCAUUUAAUGUUUUCUUAUCUAUAGUGUGUUUUAUUGCACUCUUUUAGUAUUUUUAUGCUCUUCUUUUAUGUGUUUCAGUUUGUUUUUUGUUAAUUCAGAGUGCUUCACACUUACUUUACAGAGCAAUAUAAUUAGAGCCCCGUGUUUUUAGAAAAUAAUAAAACGAAAUGCAACCUAUAAAUGAAAUAAAACGACAUGCAAAAAUAAAACGAAAAAUCUUUAUAAAGCAAACAUAGUGUAGCGUUUCAGCAUGAAGCAGAAAAUGAGAGACACUUUCAUUCCAAAGGGUUUUUAUUUAGCAGGCCUUUCUCUCACACACAAAGACCACACUCUGCCAGCUACUCAGGUUACAAGACCAACAACAACAACAAUAACAACACAAAAUGGCAUCAGAGCGCCUUCUUUUCACCUUAGCCCUGUCCCCUUAUUGGCCACACAUCCCAUUGGCCCUCAGCUGCCCAUUAGGAGCAAUGGGCACAGACAAAUGGCAGCCAAUCACAGGGGAGACACAACAUGCCCACAUGCAGGAUAGGAUUACACAGACCGAGAUAAACAAACAAGUGACGGGAAAUACAGAGAUGGAGGGGGACACCAUUUUGUUUCUAAAAUGUAUAAACCACGCAUAACAAUGGUGACAAAAUAAUGAUAUGCAGAUUUUGCAACUGUUGUCUGGAAUGCAAGUUGAAAGAUACCGUUGUUAAGCAAUAGCUGUUUAUUCCUUUUGGGGAAAAUGUGGCUGUUUGCUUAUAUUUUGUAUUAGUAUGCUAAUUUUUUGUUAUUUCAAGUAGUGCAAACUUUGCACUGGAGCGAAUGCUGUUUUGGUUUUUAAUGAAUGUGAAUGAAUGAAUCUGCUUUGCUUAGUGUUUAAAUACUGAGAAACCCCAAGCUUGCUGUAUACUGUUAUAUUCUUUUAUACCUCCCCAAGCUUGAACUACAAUUCCUAUCUCUGUAUGUGCAAUUGUUAUGACAGCCCCACAAUAGUAGGACACUGUAAAUAUAUAUAAUUUAUUUGAUGCUAUUGUAUUUUUAUAGAGGGCAUGGGCAGUAUUUACUAUUAAUUAAAAAGAGUGGGGGACUGUACGUUACAGUUACUGCCACUAAUGAGAAAUUAUGGUGACCAUUUUUUUUUUCUGAGUGAGGUCUGUUUAGAUCAUAAUGUUAUUAAAAAAAACCAGAAAAUGUUUAAUAAACAUGAUGUAUAUCGUUAAAAAGUGAUGUAUACUAUACUAUUAUUGAUAUACAUAUAUUUGAGUUGUUUUUAUUAACGUGUAUCUAAUAAAAUGAAAUUUGUGAAAAAUUAUAAAAAAUAAAAAUAAUUUCACAGGGCUCUAAAUAUAAUGCUGGAAAAAUUAUAUUUUGACCUAAUCACCCCCGUUUUAAGUUUCACAUCCUUCCCAAUAUUUUUGUGUGGCUGUCUUCAGUCAUUCCUGCACCUGUUUUCUCCUAGAGGACUGUCUUUUUAUGGACUAUAAAAUAACUAAACAUGGACACCAAAGUGCCCACUCUCUUAUACAGCUCCAGGUUCCUCCACAUGUAGGGUUUGAGGCACAGCAGCAGGGCUCUGUGGGUAAAUGCUCCCUUUGCCCACAAUGCUGCUUACAGGUAGAUAUAAAAGAGCUUCAAUCUCCUGCUCUGUCAGACUGAUGAGAAAACUCAAAACAGCAGCAAUGGUGGAAUAACCUGAAAGGCAACAUGUUAAACAUAUUUCACACUCAUAAUAAAACUCUUGCAUUGUGCGAUUGUCUGAAUGCACUUUUUUUGUAAAAUGAGAUUAUUAAAGAAUGUAAAUACUCUUGAUUAAAGUGUUUGACAUCAUGGUAA